AUGUACCCAACACCAUCUCUCUUUCUCAGCCUCCUCGCUGCUACUCUCACAGCAGCCCAACUCUCCCCAAACAUCAACUAUUGCGAAGGUGACAAGAGCACAUUGGGCCACUGCGACACGCUCACCUACGAAGACACCACCCUCGAAGCAACAAACCCACCUAACGAAACAGAAUGCCAGGAGUCAUGUUUUAGCAUCUUUGGAGACGCCGGCGAAUGGAUCGUCCAGUUAGAAGGCAAACCAGAAGGUUAUCAACAGUAUAUGCACCAAUACCCUUGUGGUUUCAGUAUAGGAGCUAUAGCCAACACGCCACAUGAGUUUUCGUUCGAUAUGAAUAACCAGGAUAUGGCCGAUAUUAUUGAUGAGGCGGUUAAGCGGUUUGCGCAUUUGCAUGGCGGGAAAGUGGCGGCGCGGGGGACGGUGAGGUGUGAUGGUCAUGAGGCUAUGUGGUAUGAAGCUUCGACCAUCUCCAUAUCCAGCACUCUAGUCGAAAGUCCAGAACAUAAACUUUCAAUGACGCAGGUGCGAUCAGAAUCGAAGUUCGGACACGCGUUGGCAUACCGAAAUUCGCAGAAUCCUCAACCACUAGAGAAAACGACCGGCAUCUUCGCUCUGAAUGUUACAAGUACAAGCAACUGA